AUGGCGCCUUCUCCGAAAACCUUCCAGAGUGACGAUCGCGUCCUGUCCGUGCCCAUCAAGUCUCUACUUGCUACUUUAUACAUGACAAUGGACGAAAAUAAGAUUGACGAGUGGGGUGCGCACUUCACCGAGGACGCGGUAUUCAAGAAGGAGGCUGCCGAGAUCAAGGGCCGGCAAGCCCUCAUCGACAGCGGUAAGGAGAGUUGGAAGCCGCUCAAGAGUCGAGAUCACACAGUGUACAAGGUUUUUCCCUUUGGACCCGAUUGCGAUGAAAUUAUGCUGCAUGGUCGCAGCCAUAACGUCGAUCUCGAAGGCAACGAGAGAACUUUCACAUGGGCCGCCCGCAUGCACUUUAGAACUGUCGAGGGCAAACUGCUGAUUGACGAGUAUACUAUCAUUCCAGACUAUCAUCGAUAG